CUUUCUCGGCUGGUCUGUCUGGGUCUCUGUCUUUGGGUAUUUCUCUCUGCGCCUGCAGCUGUCUGGGUCUCCGCUUCCUUGCCCCGCACGCCCCGCCCCCUGCCCAAGCCCCUCCAAUCCCGGCGGCUCGAGCCUGGCGCUCCACUCUCCCAUUGGUCCGUCUGGAGCCCCCCGCCCCCGCCUGCCCGGCCCCCCUCCGGGCCCCUCCAUUCACACAAAGUUUGGCUCCGGCGCUGCGGAGGGAGGGGGCGGCCCGGCCCGGCCCAGCUCUGCCCCCGGCCGGCCCGACCCCGGCCCCGGCCCCUGGACAAGCCCUUAUCUGAUCCCAGCUCCGGGUUUAAGAGUCCUGGCCAGGACCGUCGCACAGCUCUGCUCCUUACUCCUGUCCGCCCCGUCAGUCCAUCUGUCCCGCUGCCCCGCGGCCCAUCCAAGGGGCCACUCCACCUCGGACCCAAGAUGACGUCAGUUGCCAAGGUGUAUUACAGUCAGACCACUCAGACAGAAAGCCGGCCCCUAAUGGGCCCAGGGAUACGACGGCGGAGAGUCCUGACAAAAGAUGGUCGCAGCAAUGUGAGAAUGGAGCACAUUGCCGACAAGCGCUUCCUCUACCUCAAGGACCUGUGGACAACCUUCAUUGACAUGCAGUGGCGCUACAAGCUUCUGCUCUUCUCUGCGACCUUUGCAGGCACAUGGUUCCUCUUUGGCGUGGUGUGGUAUUUGGUAGCUGUGGCACAUGGGGACCUGCUGGAGCUGGACCCCCCGGCCAACCACACCCCCUGUGUGGUACAGGUGCACACACUCACUGGAGCCUUCCUCUUUUCCCUUGAAUCCCAAACCACCAUUGGCUAUGGCUUCCGCUACAUCAGUGAGGAAUGUCCACUGGCCAUUGUGCUUCUUAUUGCCCAGCUGGUGCUCACCACCAUCCUGGAAAUCUUCAUCACAGGUACCUUCCUGGCGAAGAUUGCCCGUCCCAAGAAGCGAGCUGAGACCAUUCGUUUCAGCCAGCAUGCAGUUGUGGCCUCCCACAAUGGGAAGCCCUGCCUCAUGAUCCGAGUUGCCAACAUGCGCAAGAGCCUCCUCAUUGGCUGCCAGGUGACAGGAAAACUGCUUCAGACCCACCAAACCAAGGAGGGGGAGAACAUCCGGCUCAACCAAGUCAAUGUGACUUUCCAAGUAGACACGGCCUCUGACAGCCCCUUCCUUAUUCUACCCCUUACCUUCUAUCAUGUGGUAGAUGAGACCAGUCCCUUGAAGGAUCUCCCUCUUCGCAGCGGUGAGGGUGACUUCGAGCUGGUGCUGAUCCUAAGUGGGACAGUGGAGUCCACCAGUGCCACCUGUCAGGUGCGCACUUCCUACCUGCCAGAGGAGAUCCUUUGGGGCUACGAGUUCACACCUGCCAUCUCACUGUCAGCCAGUGGUAAAUACAUAGCUGACUUCAGUCUUUUUGACCAAGUUGUGAAAGUGGCCUCUCCUAGUGGCCUCCGUGACAGCACUGUACGCUACGGAGAUCCUGAAAAGCUCAAGCUGGAGGAGUCAUUAAGGGAGCAAGCUGAGAAGGAGGGUAGUGCCCUUAGUGUGCGCAUCAGCAACGUCUGAUGACCUGUUCCCACUCCCCCAUUCCUCUGGUCUCUUUUCCUCUCUUUCAGUGCCCUGGUAAGGAAUACUAUCCGGGUUUACUGGAGAUCACCCGAAGCACCCAUCCUCCACCGCCUCUUCUUUAACCCAGUGGCCUGUCGGUAGCUUAGGCCAACUGGAGUCCAGGUUCCCCUCCCACUGUCCCCUUUCCACUCCUCCCGCUUCUGCCCCAAUACAUAUACCUCCCUUAAGCCAGGAUGGGGGAAAGAGAGGGAUUAGGCUGAAGUGGCUUAGAAGGCCUCAGCCAUGCUUGGAUACUCACAUUAGGAGGAUCAUGUGGUUGGACGGACAGACUCCCCCCACCUCCCGCCACCACCAUGAAGUUUGGUGACUUGAGGCUGGAGCUCCCUCUGUUACCUUUCCAUCUAGCAAGUUCCCAAAGGCAAGACUCUCUCUGAUGGUCACUUUGUGGUCUGUGCUUUCAGAAAUACAGGAAUCUGAUAUCAAUGUAUCCUAGGGUUUCUACCAACCUCUGUUGAAAGAAGCCAGGGUUUGCCACCAUGAAGCUGAUUUCUGCUGGUGACUUCUGACCAUAACCUAGAAUCAUGGUCACCACUAUUUUUCCUCUAUAGUUUGUCAAGUGAACACUCUCAGGAUACCCAGUUCCUUCAUAGCCUGUUCUCAGAGAAUUGGAGUUGGCCUAAGAAACAUAAACAUAUAACCACCCAUAUCUAUCCUGGAUUCUGAACUCUUCAAUUUGGAGUGACUAACACAAGUUGUUGUCUAAACCUUUAAACCUAUCUUCCAGGUAGCCCAGAGAAGAUCUGUUUCCCUGUGUCCUGUGAAUGGAAGGACACAAGCCAAUAUGUUCCUUUGAAAAGAGUCCAGUACCAAGGCCCCACGGAAAGGCCUGAAAAUAAUAUUCCAGAUUACAUUGUACCUGGCUUCUCUUCUUCCUUUCCUGCCCAGGCUAGAUCCUUCUUCCUUAACCCCAACUCUUUGGGAGAAGGGAGGGAAAAUGCAAGGGCCUUCCUCUCUUAACACAGAUGCUCAAGUAAAACUAGAUUCACAGGGCACAGAUUCCCCAGAAAGUUAACCCAAUCUCACCAUGAGGGAUGGGUAAAUUCUCAGAUUUCCAAACUGCUGUACAGUGCCUCUGAGAAUUGGUGAUGCUUUGUUAAGGUUUGGGCAGAAGCAGAACUUUGUGGCUGGCAGCCACUAUUCUCAGUUACACCUCCCAGUGCUCUUCUGAAAAGUGCCAGCUAUUUCAUUAGGCAAUGUUGGAAGGAGAGGAAAUUAUACCCGCUGAUCAAAUAUCCAUGGCUUCCCUCAGCCAUUCCUGAGACUUGGUAUAAAAUGAAGAAAAUCAGUGCCAUCUCUACUCUCCUCUGCCAUGAGGCCAUUUUCAGGCAAGUUAAAAAGCAGACUUUAAGAGAUCAGACACAGCCUAUUCCUUGUUCCCUGGAGGGGUCUGUGGUAAGGGUCAGGGAAGGGCAUAUAAGCACCAGAGCUUUAUCCAAAGCCCUAAAUCCCUAGAGUGUUUUCUGGUCUCACUUUGGUACUAAGGAAGCCCCACAUAGUGGUACUGCAUAGUCCCACUAUAAAUCAAGUGGCAGUUUAUUUAAGGUGGUCUCAGCCAAUUGUUACAAGCUACAGAAUAUAUACAUGCAUCUAUGUACACAGCCUUGCAGAGAAACACAAAAUUUUGAGGCUAGACCCAUGAUCGCCACCUACUAUAAUUGCACAAGGUCUUGUUAUAUUAAUCUCUCCUUGAACUCAACUAACUAUAUCUUGAAAAUGAAGACCCUUCAGUGUCCAUCCACUGUAAACCCCACCAUUACCUUCUAGUUGGCAUAAAAACAAGAACCACAAAAACUUAAAAAAUCUGAAACAGAGAACAGAAGGCCAAGAGUCAGCUUCUGCAUUCUCAACUUUAUUCAACAUUAGACUUACCUGAUUUCUUUCUGUGUGUAGGGACAAGAUGUACUGCUGUGUGUGAGUGUGUGUGUGUGUGUGUGUGUGUGUGUGUGUAUCUGUACCUUCUUAUCUAUUGGCAAGUUAACCUCCAUCUGGUUUAUUUUGCCAUGCUAUGCUUCCUUCCUGAAGGCAUUACAUUCUUCCCAUUCCCCUGCUGUCUGUUCUAAGCCCCCAGACUCAAGCCUCUAGACUCUUGGAUGACAAAGUGAGAAGAAAACAUUUUCUGACUUACCCUUUUGGAAUCUCCUCCAUUAUCAUCCCAGGCUUUGCUUUAAGUUGCACUUUAAAUCACACCGUCCUAUUAAUGCAAUCUGGCAUCUUCUCCCAUAAGCCCCCCACAGGGAACAACUACCCCCAACCUUAACUCUAAAUCAUUCUUUAGACUAUAGUCUGUCUAAAGACUGAAAUCCUCUUUUAGGCAAUAGGCCGAGUUUCAGAAGCAGCCAGGUCUGGUGAGAAAUGGGCCCCCAUACCAACCGUGGACUUGGAAUAUCAGGACAGUAGUAGGCACAGGUGUAAAAAGGGGA